AUGACGAACCGCCGCUUCCCCAGCGGUCACCCCAGCCCGCUCUCCGUCGCAGCGUUGCGCCUCGAAACUGAGCCGGGUUCAGGCACGAGACCACCACGACCACCGCCAGCGUCCCUCCGUCACCGAUCUCCGAUCAGCGCCCGACCGCCGACGACGUCCGGCCACUCUGCAUCACAACAUCUUGUUCAUUUCAGCACCCGACCCUACUUGGACUUCGAAAGUCUACAUCUCGUCCCCUCUCCACGAGAGGAAUCGCCGUUCCAAGCCCGCAUAGCCUCCUCCCCUCCUCUCCCUUCUCCGACCUCGAAUCCCCUCAAAAUGGGUGGCAACGCGAGCAAAGUCACCGCCCAGGACAAGGCCAUCCUCGACCUCAAGCUCCAACGCGAUAAGCUCCACCAGUACCAGCGCCGCAUCACCGUCCUCACGGACAAGGAGACGGCCGUUGCCAAGCAGAUGCUGGCCAAGGGCGACAAGCCGCGCGCGCUGCUCGCCCUGCGCCGCAAGAAAUACCAGGAGUCGCUCCUCCAAAAGACCGACGCCCAGCUCGAGCAGCUCGAGAAGCUCACAUCGUCGGUUGAGUUCGCCAUGAUCCAAAAGGACGUGGUCUUUGGCCUGCAACAGGGCACCAAAGUCCUCAAGGAGAUACACUCGGAGAUGGGCGGCAUCGAGCAUGUCGAGAAGCUCAUGGGCGAGACAGCUGAUGCGAUCGCUUACCAAAAGGAAGUCAGCGACAUGCUUGGCGGCCGCAUCUCGGUCCAGGACGAGGAGGAGGUCGAAGACGAGCUCGCCGCUCUCGAGGCCAGUGUCGCCGCCGAAGACGCUGCCCGCAACCCACCCAGACAACACAAGCUCCCCACGGUACCCGACACGGAACUGCCGGUGCCGGAUGCGACAGAAGAAGAGGAGCCGGCAGCGCAGCAGCGCGUGCGGACGAGGCAGCCCAUGCUGGCGGCAUAGCCUGACUGUCCCUCUUUCUCUCUCCCCUCUAUUUUAUCUUCCUUCGCUAUUUUCACUUUUCACAAUUGCUUUUGGCGAUCGGUGGCGUGGGCGGCGCUUCUAAUUUUCAAUGGAGAGCAUUCCCGAGGUUUGGUUGCAUUUUCAAGGAGUUGAGGUCGGGGCACGCCUUGUUUCUUUAACGACCUGUUGUUACCUAUUCCCAUCAUCAUGCGGCGGCAAUACGACAAUAGACAGGGUGCCGGGCUGGAUAUUUGUUUACUCUUCUGGAUUAUUCCAACCACGUUGCCCGACGUUGCCCGGUUUGUUUCGGAGUGUUGGGUUCAGGGCCACUAGAAACGCCCCUUAGGAGCUGGAUUUAUGCGAGCUGAUGCUCACCAAUGUGACGACACUUGAAACUGUAGUUGAUGAUAGUCGUCGGCCCACUUUGGAAAGAAAGAGUUUUACCAGCU